AUGCGGUCCAGCCGCACCAAAGUGAAGACUUACCAUGAAGAGACUUCGUCGGAAGAAUCAGACGGUGCUCCAAGAUCCGAGCGCGCAUCGUUAUCCCUCCGUUCGCGCAGCGCGACCCGAAUGCCAAGAUCAUAUCGCGAGGCGUCCACCGAUGCCAGCUUUGAUGAGCCUGCGGAGGACCAGGAGCCCGAACCACCGGCACCCACAGAAUUAGAAGAACAGACCAUUCUUUCCGAAUCUGUGCCUACCCCUCGCCCUCCUCGACAGCCUCGUCCGCGGCGCACCGUGACCCCAAAACCAAAGCAGACGAAACGUCCAUCGAAAAGCAGCAGUCAGGUGGGAAAAGCCUUCCACAAGCGUGCCAAAGUCGAUGAAGGCUUUGGAAUUGUACUGGGAUCUGGUGUCAUCCCACCCUGGCAAAACCUCCCAUAUCACAUCCUCCUCGACAUCUUCUUGCGCGCGUCCUACCCACUGCUCGACGAAGGUCGGUCAGAUCGCAACGAUUCUGUCAAAUGGCUCCUGGGCAUGGCUUUACUCUGUCGAAACUUUCAUGAGCCCGCGCUUGCGGCUUUGUUCCAAUGCCCACCUCUUCUGCCAGCCCACAAGACCCAUGCGCUCUUCAAUCUGUUGUCCCUACCACUGAACUCACUGUCCAUGAAUUACUGCAGCAAAAUCAAAAACCUACACCUUGAAGUGGAACCACUGCUAGUUUACAAGAGUGGACCUACUCUCGGAUAUUUCGACCUCGCCAAAUUGAUCGAAAAGACCCCACAAGUGCACACCGUUCGACUUUAUCACAAAGACGACUAUACUGUCGGGAUCCCUCCAUGGCACAUAACACCUUCGAGGUGGACAUACCCAGACUCGGUGUUUUCCGCCAUCAAAGACAAUGGUAUCAUUCUCCGGAGUUGGGACUGGAACAGCCGCUUUUUAGAAGUUGACAAGCUUCUCGAACUCAUGCUCGCUUGCCAUAUGGAACCGGCUUUUCGUAGCUUGAAAGAGCUCAAACUGCUUCAUCUCAAUGAUAAUCAACACGAAGAGUCUUCUGACAAAGGGGCUUUCCUGGCGGCUGCCCUCAAUGCUCUGCCCAACAUCCAGCGACUUGAAUUCCUUGAAAGUUCACUGGUCAAUCGCGAAGUCUUGACUCACCUCCCGCAGACUAUUCGCUCUCUCACGUUGCGAAACUGCGAUCGAAUGUGGUCGGAAGAGCUCACAGCUUUCUUGGGCUCACACGGUACGAAUCUUCAAGAACUUAACCUCAGCCACAAUCGACAUCUCAGCAUGUACUUUAUCCAAGGUCUGGCCCAGUCAUGCCCCAGCCUCAAGAUUUUCAGAAUGGAUGUCUCCAUGCACGACGGGUCCAGUUACCACGAUGUUGAGCCACACUUUGAUGCCCUCCUUGUGAAAACACAGAUACCCACAUGGCCAACUAGCCUCCAAGAGAUUGAGCUGACCCAACUGCGCAAAUGGGAUGACGCCACGGCAGAGGUCUUCUUUACUUCGUUGGUCAAUGCUGCGCCCCAUCUCUGUGAUCUGCGAAAACUGGCAAUCAGCGCAAUCUUGAAAAUCGGAUGGCGAGACCGUGCUACUUUCCGUGAAAGGUGGAUCAGUCGAUUUGAACGGGUCUUCCUGCGUCACAGCCCGCCACCAGAUCCCAACUUGCGCUCCCUUCGCAAGCGCCAGUUGAAUCCGAAAAAUCUGAUCUCAACGCCAGGGGUUGCAGAUGAAGGCCAGGCGAAUGAAUCACGAUCUGCCGAUCGCGGACCGUCAAACUCAGCUAAGCGCCAGAGCACCCGCUUGGCGCAACAAAGCUCCACCGAAGUGAGCGAGACCACAACCGACUCAUUAGGAAAGGACUCAACCUUGGAUGCCGAGGAAAUUCAAGGAAUGUGCGAUAUUGUCAAUAUCCGAAUCGACAACCAACGACCCACCGAGAUGCAAUACAACGAGAAUGAUUUCCUUGACGAUGAAAUCAGUGGGGACGAAGACUGGAAUGGCGAUGACAUUGAACCAGCCCCGGGACACGCGUGGUAA